UGUCCAUUUGCAUUCGCACGACAAUUUUCUGUAUAGUUUGAAUUGAAACUUAUACUACGAUAGGGCUUGGUGACGGCGGCAGUACGAGUUGACACAGAGUUUACGAGAAUGACAAUGAAAGAAGGCGAGGAAGAGACUGAAUUCGUGACUCCAGGUGAAGUUCUCGGAAAAUUUUCGGACAUGAAACCUGGGAAAGGCGCUUAUGUAGCUAACAACACUGUUUAUGCUUCUCUUUCUGGUUUCCGCCGCAUUAUUUCCCCUCCAACUGAUUCUUCGGACUCGAGACCAACUGUGGAAGUGACUGGUCAUAAGGCCCAUGGUGCCGUUCCAGCUCCUGGAUCAAUCGUCAUUGCUCGAGUUACAAAAGUAAUGCCUAGAAUGGCAUCAGCUGAUAUCAUGUGUGUUGGUCCAAAGUCUGUGAAGGAGAAGUUUAGUGGAGUUAUAAGGCAACAAGAUGUCCGAGCAACGGAGAUUGAUAAAGUAGACAUGCAUUUGUCCUUUCGACCCGGUGACAUCGUCAAAGCUCUUGUUCUUUCUCUAGGAGAUGCAAGGGCCUAUCAUCUGUCAACUGCAAAAAACGAACUCGGGGUCGUCUCUGCAGAAAGUACAGCAGGUGCAGUAAUGGUUCCCAUAAGUUGGACGGAAAUGCAGUGUCCAUUAACAGGCCAAAUUCAGCAAAGAAAAGUUGCCAAAGUUGGAGGAUCAUGACUUCCUUUUUUACUUUCCUUUCUUUUUCUCCUUAUCAUCUUAUUUUUUGUUCCGUUUUCGAUAAUAGUUCGUUAUUUAGAUAAUAGUUCGUCAUUUAGACGAUUGUUAUUGUAACGUUUAUGUUGUAUGAAUGAAAUUAUAUGAGUAGCUUAGCUAUCCGUGUUCGAUGGAGAAGAAGAUUUUGCACCCUUGUAUUGUUUUAUGUUCUUCAUUAGUAAUCCAUCGCUACUGGAUUUACC